GAACUAGAGCAAUGUUACAAGCAAGAUCCAUAUAAAAGGAGCAUUAUAAUGAGCAAUUGCAUUUAAACAAUUCCAUUCUAUGAGCCAAACAGAACAACGCUCCACACCCUAAUUGCAAUGUCACUGCCCCUGUGAUAAGAUAUGUAUUGCUACAGAUGGCAUCCAAUAGUAUUAUACAACCAACCAAGGCCCCUCAGCCAAUUACACAAUGAAGCAGGAUUCAAAACAUUAUUCCCCGUAUACUGUUCCGGUACCACUGGUGCUUGUCUGCUCAAAUGAUUAUCCUGAUGAGCAUUUGCUUAAUGGCCAGCGAUUGGCAUCUCUGAUAAAAGCAAACAGAUUAGCACAUUGCUCUGCAAGCAAUUGAGUCCAGCUCUAAGGCAGUUGUGUUACCCUUGAUAGCAGCUCAUAAUAAAUGGCAGUGACUCUCAAGCAAACAUCGGCCACGAUGAGUUCAGCUGCGCUCAUGAGAAUUCACGGCAAGUCAUUAAGAAUCUCAUCGGCUCUGCUCCACAGGGAGCGCCCUGAAAUAAUGUGAGAGCAACUACAUUGCAGCCAGCUGCAAAGGUUUCUAAUGGAACAUAAAAUAUUGGCUGCCUCACAAAGAAGAUCGGUGCUGUCUAAUCC